AGUUCUCAUCAAAACUAAAUCGGUCACCCUGCGGAGCAGCGCAGCCCUGCUCCUCGGCAAGCAGCAUGUAAGCUAACAACACCGCCCAGGCCAGCCGCAACGUGACGCCCAAUCUUGCCACAACACGCCGCCGUUCACCAUGUCCCUUGACCGACUAGACGUCCAAUUGCCACCCUUUGUGCCUUCCAACCCCGAACUCUGGUUUUGCAUGGUCGACCGUAGCUUUGAGGCCUACGGAAUUACGUCCGAAUCAACAAAGUUUGGGGCAGCACUCAUUCGUCGGCUGGGCAUCUCCCAAGAAACACGGAUGAAACAACUCCUCGAGCCUGGAGAUUUGGGAGACAGGAAACCCACGCAAUUUCUGUGCCAUCUACGCGGUCUGGCCGGAACCACUAUGUCGGACAAUUUACUGCGAACCAUUUGGUCAAGUCGUCUUCCUCCUAAUAUUCANACAGGAAACCCACGCAAUUUCUGUGCCAUCUACGCGGUCUGGCCGGAACCACUAUCCAUCAUCGCAACUAUGCGCGAUAAGAAUCUGGAUGAAACAGCAAAGGUCGCCGAUUACAUCAUGGAAGCAACUCAAACACAGUCCAUGAUAACAGCUACGACCACACCUACUCUCCAGCACGAUACCAUCCAACAACUGACCAACAUGGUACAUACCCUCCAGAUGGAUCUGAACAACAUGAGACGACACAUGGCAAGAAAACUGAAGAACCAAUACCGUUCAAAUUCGCACAGUUCUCUACCUCGACAGCGUUCCAACCACAAUAUUAGGGCAAAUGGUCAAGGACAAGGCACACAAACGCAUCCCACCAUGACGGAUGACAACAGGAAAUUAACCAACAAACCACGUAUGGCAACAACAAGUGAGGUCCACACAGCGCAACGUCGCCUAUUUGUAACGGACAGAGCCACAAACCAAACAUUUCUGGUCGACACCGGUGCGGAUAUCUGCGUGUAUCCCAAGUCACUAAUACCUGGGCCAUGUCAGAAAUCCACAUUCACGCUACAAGCAGCAGACGGCACCAACAUACCGACCUAUGUCGACGUCACCAAACCAAUUAUCGGUGCAGAUUUCCUAGCCCACUAUCAACUGCUGGUAGAUUUAAGCAACCAACAACUCUUGGAUCGACUGACACACCUCACCACCGCUGGUCAAGUAAUCAACUGCUGCCAACCUUCCGUCACUUUCGUUACAGGAACGAAACCGACCACUUCGCCAUACCACGAGAUACUUCCCACAUCACCUCUUCGAAACAUGCAACAAGGCACUAUAUCAACACUACCCCCGGUCCACCCGUAUCAUGCAAACCACGACGUUUAG